AUGGCAUUUAGCUUAAUUGCCUUAAUUUUGAUGGUAUCAAACAAUGCAUUAGCGUUCUAUACAUUUUUUCAUCAUCGAUACAUCUACAAAAGACUUGUGGCAUGUCUUCAUAUUGUAAUCGCAAUGUGCAUUGUGGUAACAGUCGAAGUUUUAACGAACAGCGUUAACGAAUGGAAUGUUAAUGUCGCUCAGCAGUCUAAGAACAUUGAAUGGGAUUAUUCUGUUGCUGAACGUGCUGGUAGUUCAACAUAUUUGGCUUGGACCUGUAUAGCUUCAUAUGUUACUGCAGCAGUUGCAUUUGCUCUUGGAUCUCAUAAGCAAAAAGGUUCACGAGCAGCGACUGCUGAAUUUGAAAUUGAAGAUCGACCUGUUCACAUUGGACGAUAA